UUUUUGAAUCUGAUUUUAAAGACGUACAUCGUCAUCUUCUCGAACUUCGUUUUAAUUAGUUUGAUUUGAUGAAGUAAAAGCGAUUUUCUCGAACGAACGUGCGUUAUAAAGCUGAAAGAUGGGUAAAACUACGUUGCAUUUUCGAAAUUUAUUGACAGGAACGGUGCAAAAUCUUGAAAAUACCUGUGCAAAAUGGGAAGUACUCAGUACAGAGCACAAAUUGUCAGAAGAAGUGCUUGGAGAAAUUCGUACUGCAAUUGGACUUACUAAGCUGUUGUUAAAUCAGAAGUUGAAACAAUUCAGUGGAUUAAUUGAUGACUCAGAAUUUAAAAGAUCAGAAAAAGAAGUUACUUGCAUGGAUUUAGAAGGUUUCUGGGAUAUGGUCAGUUUUGAGGUUGAAAAAAUACUAAAAACCUUUAGCGAGCUUGAAAAACGGAAAAUGAACAACUGGGAAGUUAGCAACGAAACGGCUAAUCAACCAGCAGUCACAAAGAAAUUAGUCCGUCCUAUAAAUAUGAAGCGAGUAGCGGUUUCCAAGUCCCUUGCCAGUGCUGCACGGCAACGAAUAGCUGAAGCAAAACAGAAAAUGAGACAGCAGCAACUUUUGAACCAGAAUAAAAGUGAAUUUGUUGUUGAAAUUGCACAGCCUCCCAAUCAGCAUCAUCAUACAAAUGCGGUUGUUUCAAAUGAAAAUUCAACUUUAAAUAUUCCUCAAGUCCUUGAAUCCGAGAACAAAGAAAGUAGCAAGCUGUGUUCCGAAAAAGAAAUUUCUAAACCUGAAGAUAUUUUGAAUACUUUGAAAGAGGCAAAUAUCAAGAACUCUGUAAGAACUAGUAAGAAAUCUACUAAAGAUAAUAAAAUUGAUAUUUUUGGAAAGGAAAAUAAAUUAUCUGUACCAAGGUCAAAAGGAAGUACAAAGGUAACAGAAGGUAAUAAAGAAAAUCCAUCUGUUCCAUCCAUAUUAAAGGAUAGUAAAGUGAGAGACCACGGGAAGCUGCAGUGUAUUACAAGAUCAGUCGCACGAGCUAUGUUGGCUGAGAAAAAUUCUCAUUAAAAAUAGUUGCUUGACUUGUUUGAAUAUUAGCUUUGAAGUUUUAAUUUUUAAAUGUUUGUAAAUUUGUUCAUUGUCAUUUAAAAUCACAUAUAGUAAAAAAAUAACAUUUAAUUUUCCAUAAUUAAAAUUUUUCGGUGAAAAAACUUUUUGUGUUUGAUAUUUCCAAAAAAAUUAUUUUUGUAAUAAUUGCUCAAGCUCAACUUCACUUAUUUUUAAUAAAUAAAAUG